AUUCAUCAUCCAAUAGAGAAACGCGUCUCUCAGAUUUUUCUUCUUCUUCUUCUUCUUCUUCUUCUUCUCGUUAUCGGAUCAGAGCCAUGCAUUGAUGGGUUCUGAAACUUCUUGCUGAACACGAUUAGAUGAUCUGCUGUCAAAGUUUUAAUCUUUUCCCGAGAAAAUUCGAAUUUUGUUUCUCUCUCUCUCUCUCUCUCAACGCCGCCACUGAGUAGGAGGGAUUAAAGCUCAAACCUUUAUGGUGGAUUUGGAUUGUUAUUUGACAUGAAUUAGGAAAGAAAAAAAGGAAGAAUCUAUUUUUUAUUGGAUUUGGAGGAUCUACUACUUUCCAUUAUCUUUGUUGUAUCUGAUGGAUACGAUUCGUGGAGAGGCCAAUGGAUGUGAGAGUAAUAAUAAUAAGGCUCUUGUUGUUAGUCUAAAGAGCAGUGAGAUUUCUGAGGAAGAAGAAAGUGAGUCACAGUGUUUAUUGCCGCCUUCUAAUCCUAGGAAAGGAGGGAUGUCUAGAAGUAGUGACAAGAUUAAGAGGACUGUCCAGUGGAAUGACAACAAAGGUGACAAUCUCGCUCAGGUUUUGGUUUAUGAACCAAGUGAAGUAAGCGAUACAGAUGACGAUGAUUCAGAUUCCUGCAUCUGCACAAUUAUGUAGCCCUCUCUCAACCAACCAACCACCAUUUAACAUUGGAGUUUAACAAUGAGCUCGUCUUUGUUAUCUGGCUUCUUUCCAGCAAAGACGAACCAACUUAAGCGACUGGACACAUCAAUCACAAUCAGGCAGGUUUCUGAUUUUGUUUUUUCAGGACCAGUUCAAAUGAGGGAUGUAGUAGACUCAUAUAAGCUUAUACCAGAAGAUCGUUACAUUUCAGUUACAGGAGUGAGAGAGAGAGUAUAUAGAAUUAUAGAUUACUGCUGUAUUUUCCAAUAGAGUGCUGUUUGAUUUUGAUGACAGGUUUUGACAGUAAACUAUGUAUGUCUUUUCACUGCAACAACACAAGCUAAAUUCAAUUGUAAACAAUGUGCAGCCAUUAUAUUCCUCU